ACCUAAGAAAAAUAAGAGGAAAAAGACCUAAAUACUACCCCUAAGAGUGACAUAAAUGUCACUCAUCAAUUAACAUUAUGAUUGCUUCUGAAAUGGGUCCUAUGUUUAUGAAAGCUAUUGAUUGCUCGGGUAAGAUUAAGGACAAAGAUUCCAUUGCUAACUUAUUAAGUAAGGUGAUUGAUGAAAUUAGAGAUUAAAAUGUUGUUCAAAUAAUCACAAAUAAUGCAAGUAACUGUAAGGUUGCAGGGGAAUUGGUUGAGGGUAGGUAUUCUCAUAUAUAUUGGACACCAUGUGUUGUUCAUACACUUAAUCUUGCAAUGAAAAGCAUUGUGCAGCUAAGAAUGUGUUGAAUAAUGUUGAAGUAUAUGAUGAAUGUCAUUGGAUAACGGAAGUUCAUCCAGAUGCAUUGUUCAUUAAAAAUUACAUAAUGAAUCAUUCGAUGAGGCUUUCAAUGUUCAAUAAGUUUUCUCCAUUAAAACUACUUUGCAUUGUCGAUACUCGUUUUUCUUCAAUUGUGUGCAUGCUUAAAAGGUUGAAACUCCUUAAAACAUCACUUCAAUCAAUGGUUAUUAGUGAGAAUUAGUCCUUAUACAAGGAUGAUCGACGCAAGCAAGCCUCACAUGUAAGGGAAAAGAUUUUGGAUGAAAUAUGGUGGGAAAAAGUUGAUUACAUUCUUGAUUUCACACGCCCAAUCUAUAAUAUGAUUAGGGUUUGUGACACCGACAAAUCUUCCUUGCAUUUGGUUUAUGAAAGAUGGGACAUUAUGCUUCAAAAGGUGAAAGGUGUCAUCUACAAGAAAGAGGGUAAACUAGAUUAUGAAGAAUCUACCUUCUUUAAUAUAGUUCAAGGGAUUCUUAGUAGUCGUUGGAGUAGGGGUAGUACUCCGCUCCAUUCAUUAGCACAUUCUUUGAAUCCAAGAUUUUAUACGGAAGAAUGGCUUAAUGAGGUCCCGGGACGAGUUGCUCCAAAUGCCGACAAUGAAAUUUCCACACAAAGAUUACAAUGCUUUCGAAGGCUUUUCCAAAGUCCUGAUGAAAGAUUCAAGAUCAACGAACUUGCAAUAUUUUCACAAAAAUCAGAGGGGAUCUUUCUCAACAUUGAUUGCAUGCAUGAUAUGGCUUUGAUGGAUGCUAAAAAUUGGUGGGCAACUUAUGGUUCCCAAGUGCCUAUGCUUCAAGGAGAAGUGAAGAAUACACUAAGGGGAGAUCUAAGUUGUGGGAUGUGGGUGGAGAUGAGCAUGACAACCUAGGAGAGGUUGGUAUUCUAGAGAUGGUCGAGCUCUCACUUGAUGAACCCGAGAUGGAAAAUAUGAUUUUUGAUGAUGUACUUGGUGAUGGUGAAGAAUGAAACUAUUAGUACUUAUGUUUAUUUUAUUUAUGAUUUGUAAAACUAUUAUUAAGACAUGUAUUUAGUUUCUUGAUAUGUAUGCGACUAUAUUCGUACACUUCGUUUAUUUACUUGUUUAAACAAAAUUGUGUGUUUUGAGGCUAAUUAUUUAGUGUUUUAUU